GGGAGGGAGGGGAGGGAGAGGGAGAGAGCAGUUUCGCCUCUGCACUCCUCGCUGUGGGCGCGCAGGAGCGAGGCGCGCUGCUUCCAAGGAGAACUCCGAGUCCCCUUUCUCAGAUCCCCAUUGCUCUCCUCUGGGUCCCCUUUCCCUCCCGGGUUCCCUUCCCCCUCCUCCAGAUCCAAUGUCCCCCUAUUCCGAGUCCCUUAAACAUAGAGGGUCCCGGUUCCCCUGUCCCGGGCCCAAUUUCCCCUCCUCUUCACCUCCCCCGCCCGCCCUUCUCCCGAGAUCCCUGAACCCCUCACCCCCGGGCCCCCCUCGCCAUGGCUAACGGGGAGAGCGAGGUCCCCCCUCUACCCCCUCGAUACCGAUUCAGGGACCUCCUGCUCGGCGACCAGGUGUGGCCUGCGGACGACAGGGUGGAACUGGAGCUGCUCGCGAGUGAGAACUCAUUCAAGGAGCGACUGAAACUCUUCUUCAUCAAGAACCAGCGCUCCAGUCUGCGCGUGCGCCUCGUGUCCUUCUCGCUGCGCCUCGUCACGUGCCUCCUCUACAUCGUGCGCGUGCUGCUGGACGAGCCCCGGGGGGGCGUCAAGUGCCGGAACUGCGCCGAGCAGAACUCAUCCGCCUCGCAGAGCCUGGGGAACAUCGACUGGUAUCCAAUCAUCUGGGUCAACCGAGGACAUUCCCUGUGGGCACUACAGGUGUCGGUGGCUGUCGUGAGCUUCAUGGAGGCCAUGCUGCUCAUGUACCUGAGCUACAAGGGGAACGUCUGGGAGCAGAUCUUCCGAGUGACCUUCAUCCUGGAGAUGACCACCUCGGUGCCCUUCAUUAUCACCAUAUUUUGGCCGCCUCUCCGGAAUCUGUUCGUGCCAGUCUUUCUCAACUGCUGGCUGGCGAAGCACGCGCUCGAGAGCAUGAUCAACGACCUGCACCGCGCCAUCCAGCGCACGCAGUCGGCCAUGUUCACCCAGGUGCUCAUCCUCUUCUGCACGUUGCUUUGCCUCGUGUUCACCAGCAUGUGUGGGAUCCAGCACCUGGAGCGCGCGGGCGGUCAGCUGACCCUGUUCGACUCGCUCUACUUCUGUGUGGUCACCUUCUCCACCGUGGGCUACGGGGACGUCACGCCCCAGGUGUGGCUUUCCCAGCUGCUCGUCGUCGUCAUGAUCUGCGUGGCGCUCGUCGCGCUGCCCAUACAGUUCGAGCAGCUGGCGUACCUGUGGGUGGAGCGCCAGAAGUGCGGAGGCCACUACAGCCGGCACCGCGCGCGCACCGAGCAGCACGUGGUGCUGUGCGUCUCCUGCGUCUCCAGCGACGUCCUCAUGGACUUCCUCAGCGAGUUCUACGCCCACCCGCGCCUGCAGGGCUGCUAUGUGGUAGUGCUGUGCCCCGCGGAUAUGGACGCCCAGGUUCGCCGCCUGCUGCAGGUGCCGCUAUGGGCGCAGCGCGUGAUCUACCUGCAGGGAUCGGCGCUCAAGGACACCGACCUCCUGCGCGCCAAGAUGGACGAUGCCGAGGCGUGCUUCAUCCUCAGCAGUCGCAACGAAGCGGACCGCAUGGCCGCGGACCACCAGACGAUUCUGCGCGCCUGGGCCGUCAAGGAUUUUGCCCCGAACUGUCCUCUCUACGUGCAGAUCCUCAAACCAGAGAACAAGUUCCACGUCAAGUUCGCAAACCACGUGCUGUGCGAGGAGGAGUUCAAGUUCGCGAUGCUGGCACUCAACUGCGUGUGCCCGGCCACCUCCACGCUCAUCACCCUGCUGGUGCACACCUCGCGCGCCCAGGAAAAGCCCCGGCAGCAGCAGCCGCCACCGUCCGCAUGGAAGCGGGCACGCCAACAGCAGCAGCAGGAGGAGGAGGAGCCGCCCGUGCGCCACUGGCCCUGGGUGUACGGGCGCGGCGCGGCGCGCGAGGUGCUGCACGCGCGCCUCGCCGACAGCGCGGCGCUGGCGCGGCUCGCGGGGCGCAGCUUCACGAUGGCCUGCUGGCAGGCGCACUCGAGAUCCGGCGUGUGUCUGAUCGGCGUUCGUCGCGAGGGCAGCCGCAGCAUCCUCCUCAACCCGGGCCCCCACUUCCUGCUGGCGGCCAGCGACACCUGCUUCUACAUCCACGGCAGCGGCAGCAGCAGCAGCAGCAGCCGCGAGCCGGUGGCGCUGUCGCCCGCUCGGCAGCAGCCGCAGGGCUCCCCGCCCGGCGCUGCGCUCUCCACGGACUCGAGCAGCGUCUUUGAGCCGGAGCCGGAGCCGGGACGCCUGCCGGUGCACAACUUCAUCAGCAGCAUGGGCACGGGUGACGCACGGGGCACGGGCCACGCACAGGGCACGGGUGGCGGCCAGGCCACGCUGGGCACGCACGUGCCGUCCACGUCGUUGAGGACGCGCGCCAGUCUGGCGGUCUCCGAUCCGCAGCCUGCUGCUGCUGCUGCUGCUGCGAUCGGAACUACAAACCAAGCCCGGGGGGCGCGUGCCAGAAGGAGCUACCACGCGUCUGUAACUUCUCCACAAUAUAGCAGCCGGCAAUUAGAAAGGGACUUCAGUGUUCUACCACAUGAUGCUGCUGUUACUGAUAACGGUGCUGCUACUGCUGUUGAUUUUGAUGUUGGUGCUGUUGAUGAUGCUGCUGGUGCUGCUGCUGCUAAUGAUAAUGGUGCUAAUGAUGCCAAUGGCGCAGACUCCGUGGCGAUGGAGCUCCACACGCGGGACGCGAGGCCGAGUCGCUCCCGCUCGCUGCCGCUGCCUGGCGAGGCGGAGCACGGAGAGGGCAGCACGGGGCAGCGGGGGGCAGGGCUGCCCCCACUGCUGUUGCCCCGCGACCUGCUUGCCUCCCGGGCCGAGUGGGACGAGGACGAGCCCGUGGGGAUCCCCGCGUGCGUGACCGGUUACCCGCCCACGUCUCCCUACAUCGGCUGCUCCCCAACGCUCUGCCACCUCCUGCGCCGGAGAUCCCCGCUCUGCUGCCUACGACUCGACGUGGGCUGCGUGCACAAGAGCUGUCGGGACGCCCAGAGCUACCGCUUCAGGAACCGCGUGAUCCUGGCGUCGGUGGAGACGGCGGGGCCCGGCCUCUACAACUUCGUGGUGCCGCUGCGCGCGAGCUGCCGGCCACGCGCGGGCCUCCACCCCAUUGUCAUCCUCCUGGACAACCCGCCGGACCCCUCGUUCCUCGAGGCCGUAAGCUGCUUCCCCAUGGUCUACUACACUCUGGGCUCCAUCGACAACUUGGACUCGCUGCUACAGAGCGGGGUGACGCACGCCGAGACCGUGGUGGUGGUGGACAAGGAGAGCUCCAUGCUGGCCGAGGAGGACUACAUGGCGGACGCCAAGACCAUCGUCAGCGUGCAGACGAUGUUCCGACUGUUCCCCGGGCUGUCCAUCAUCACGGAGCUCACGCACCCCGCCAACAUGCGCUUCAUGCAGUUCCGCGCGCAGGACUGCUACUCGCUCGCGCUCUCGCAGCUCGAGAAGGAAGAGCGAGAACGCGGCUCCAACCUGGCCUUCAUGUUCCGCCUGCCCUUCGCAGCGGGCCGCGUGUUCAGCGUCAGCAUGCUCGACACGCUGCUCUACCAGGUGAGGACCACGCAGUCGUUCGUCAAGGACUACAUGAUCCCCAUCGUGCGACUUCUCCUGGGUCUGGACACGACGCCCGGAUCGGGGUUCCUGUGCGCAAUGCACGUGACAGAGCGGGAGCUGCGGUGGUUCGGGACGUACGGACGCCUCCACCGGUGCCUCUGCUCUUCCGGCGGCGACGUCCCCAUCGGCAUCUACCGGACGGAGACGCACGGGGCCGCCCCGAGUGACUCCCAGGAGUUGACUUCUCAGUCCCAGGUCUCCAUCAGCGUCGAGGACUGCGAGGAGGCGGCACCGCCGCUCCACCGCGACUCGACGGGCAGCGAGCCGGCCGAGCCGCCGCUGCCGCGCCGCAAGAGCAUGCAGUGGGCCCGGCGUCUGAGCCGCAAUCGCGGCAGCGGCGGCGGCGGCGCUCGGCACGCGGGCCGCGCCGCGGAGGGCACCCACCGGCGGCGCCUGUCGCUGUUCCGCCGCUCGGAGCGCCAGGAGCUGGCGGAGCUCGUCAAGGGGCGGCUCCGUCACCUGGGGCUGUCGGCCGAAGGAUUCGAUGAACUGAGUGACCACCAGAACACGUUCUCCUACGUCAUCAUCAACCCAGGCCCCGACACCCCGCUAGCGUUGCACGACAUCGUGUACCUGAUCCGCCCGGAUCCCCUGGCCAGCACCUUCUGCACCACCCAGACACCCUGCACCUCACCACCGCCCUGCACCUCACCACCGCCCUGCACCUCACCACCGCCCUGCACCUCACCACCGCCCUUCACCUCACCACCGCCCUGCACCGCACCAGCGCCCUGCACCUCACCACCGCCCUUCACCUCACCACCGCCCUGCACCUCACCAGCACUCUGGGCCUCACUGUUACCCUGCACCACCCAGACUCCCUGCGCCUUGCCACCACCCCGCACCACCCACAUGCCCUGCACACCCAAGACGCCCUGCACCACCCAGGCACCCAGCGCCGCCCAACCUCCGAGCAGGAGCAGCGAGUCCGAGCUGCCGGAGCCGCACGACGAGACGCGUCUCUGACCGCGCGUCGUGACCGCCCCUCGCCACCCAGCGGGGAACUCCUCCCGCAAGGGCGGAGCCGCGUCCCUCGGGUUUCAUAAAAUCUCUCGAGGGUGCAGGCAGUGCAACUGCCCCGUGGUCCACGGGUCGAAGGGGCCCAAGCCACCACACGAGGAGGGGACAUUGGAGAGAGGGGGGGCAUUUAAUUUAUUGCACCAGGGCCCCCCACGCCGUGGUCGCGAAGCCACCCUCCUCUCCCGCGUGCUGCCCCCCCCCAUCCACUGCCCCCCCUCCCCCGCGUGCUGCCCCCCCCCAUCCAC